AUGGCUCCACCGCCACCACCACCACCCGCAGCAGCAGCGUCCGGAGCGAGCGCGACACCGGGCCGAUCAUUGCUGCCGCAGACCGACUUCGACAACCUCUCUGACGGAUCAGACCUCACCGGCGACGAACAACUCGAAGACGACAACGGCGGCGACGGCGACGACGCGGCCAUGCAAGACGACGACGACGACAACGACGAAGAGCGCGUCUCUCUCACCCGCACGCCAUCCAAGAACCGUCGGCGCGUCGUCCAAGAUGAGGAGGAAGAUGAUGACGACGACGACGACGAGGUGAUGGACGACGAGCAGGACGCAGAGGGCGAGGUCGAGGAUGACGGCGAGAUGGAGGAAGACGACGACGAGGUCGAGGACGACGAAGGAGAAGAAGAGCCCGCAGAAGACGACGGCGACGACGAAGAAGAAGAAGACGACGAAGACGACGAGGUCGACGAGAUGGCAGACGACGAGAGCGAAGAUGAGUUCCGCGACGAGCUGGCAGACGACGACGAAGCGGCACCGCCAGCCAAGGGCACCACCCGCUCCAAGGCCGCCGCCGCCGCCGCCAAGGACGCCGCACCGUCCAACACGACCCCGACCAAGAAAAAGGGCGGCACCAGCCUCAAGGUGACGCUCCGCCGCUCGCCCUCUUCCGCUCGCAAGGCAGCAGCCGCAGCAGCCGCUUCCUCGUCCACAACACCGGCCUCGACCAAAGGCGGCAAGGGCUCGGCGCCACCGUCGUCGUCCAAGGCGAACAAGGGGGCUGCCCCGUCGCGACCAAAGAACCUCGCCAAGGUCAAGUGGAAGGCGCGUCCGUCCAAGGGCGGAAAGGACGACGACGACGACGAGCAGGAUGACCUCGAUGCCGUCGGCAGCCUGUCGCCUUCGCUGUCGGCCCUCGACGCCGGCGAGGACGGCGAGCCAAUGAGCGGCACCGACGACGGCAUCGACGAGCUCGACGGUGCUCGCCCAAGUGCAGCCGCAGGAGGCAGGCGCGGGGCGGCCGACUCGCCCAUGAUUGCCAAGACGGCGAGGCAGCUGGCCAAGGAGAACAAGGACCUCGAGGCCGGCCUGCUCGAGCUGCCAAUGACCGACGAGUCUCGAAAACGCAAGCUGACGGAAAACGAGAUUGCGCUACGGCGGUCCGAGGUGGCGCGGAAGCGCAAGAACCAGAGCGAAAAGAAGCUCGAGGACGACAAGAUCGAGACCAUCAACCGGCUGCUCAAGAAGCAGGUGGGCCGGUCGCGGUCCAAGCUGCCGGCGCGGUCCGGCUCGGCGGCCGCAGGCGGUGGCGGCGGCGGUGGUGGCGAUUCGGACGGCGCGGGAGGUGGCGACGACGAGGAUGGUGCCGCGUCUACCGGGCAAGGGCUGACGCGCAGGGCGCAAAAGGACCUCGCCGCGCCCUUCUUUCGGUACGUGAGCACCGUCGGCGGGAGCAAGCUCGGCGUCCCCUCGGCGCCACCGGGUGUGGCGGUGACCGAGGUGUACCCGGAGCAGAGCAUCGUGGUCCGCCGAGCUCUGAUUGAAGAGAUCCACUCGGAUGCCGCUGCUGCUGCCACCGCCGCGGCCAACAAGGCACCGGUCGCAGCGACAUCGACGGCGCGGCGGGAGCAGCGUCUGCGUGCGUGGAGGGACGAGGUGGACGAGGAGGAGCAGGUGGAAGACGUGUGGGGCCAAGAGGGCCUGUACGAGUGGCGGCUGCGGAGGUGUUUUGGCAUGGGCAGGAAGGAGUGGAUCGGGCAGAGGAAGAGGCCGUCGCAUCACGACGAGGACGGCGCAGAGGCAGAGGCAGAGGCGGAGGCGGACCAGGUCGAGGAGGACGAGGAGGAGAAGGCGGAAAAGGGGAAGGCGGACGAUGAUGAUGCGUACGGGCAGCAGGGGGACAAGGCGGAUGGUGAGGGCGAGGCGGGCGAGGGCGAGGAUGCGGCUGAGGACCAGGGAGAGGGAGAGGGAGAGACAGGAAAGGACGAAAAGGACGUCGAGAUGGAGGACGCUUCGUAG